AUGCUGCGCAAACUCACGGUCGACCAGAUCAACGACUGGUUCACCAUCGGCAAGGCCGUGACCAAUGUGGAGCUGCUGGGCUCGCCCCCCGCCCUCCCAGCCGAGGCGGGCAGGGAUGAGGCUCAGCGCAAGGACGUGGCCCCCAGCGCUGGCCCCUCGGCCCCGUCCCCGGCUCCGGCUCCGGCCCCGGCUCCGGCUCCGGCCCCGGCCCCGGCCCCGGCCCCUCUGGCCGGGGCCCUCGGGAGGUCACUCAGCCAGAGGAGCUCAGAAAUGGAGUAUAUUAACAAAUACAGACAGCUUGAAGCACAAGAAUUUGAUAUGUAUAACAGCGACCAACCAACCUGUGGGCCAGGUCCAAGGCCGCCUUUGGCUAAAUUAAGCAAUGCAACAUGCAUCCCAGAGACAACUUAUAAAUACCCUGAUUUGCCUAUAAAUCGAUGUAAGGAAGAGGUUAUUUCUUUGAUAGAAAGCAAUUCUGUGGUAAUUAUACAUGGUGCCACUGGAAGUGGUAAGAGCACUCAGCUCCCGCAGUACAUCUUGGACCAUUACAUUCAUCGCAGUGCCUACUGCAACAUUGUGGUCACCCAGCCACGGAAGAUAGGUGCCAGCAGCAUCGCCAGGUGGAUCAGCAAAGAGCGUGCUUGGACUCUCGGUGGUUUGGUGGGCUAUCAGGUAGGACUAGAGAAAAUAGCAACAGAAGAUACCAGGUUAAUCUACAUGACCACUGGAGUCCUACUUCAGAAGAUAGUCAGUGCCAAGAGUUUGAUGGAGUUCACACACGUCUUCAUUGAUGAAGUACAUGAGCGAACAGAAGAGAUGGAUUUCCUGCUCUUGGUAGUCCGCAAACUUUUAAGAACAAAUUCACGUUUUGUGAAGGUGGUCCUGAUGUCUGCUACCAUCAACUGCAAGGAGUUUGCAGACUACUUCGCAGUUCCUGUUCAGAACAAGAUGAAUCCUGCAUAUAUUUUUGAAGUGGAAGGCAAGCCCUAUUCAAUUGAAGAGUAUUAUCUUAAUGAUUUGGAGCACAUUUAUCAUAGUCUCUCUCCCCAUCUCCUGGAGGAACCAGUGAUAACGAAGGAUGUCUAUGAUGUUGCCAUCUCCCUAAUUCAGAUGUUUGAUGACUUGGACAUGAAGGAGAGUGGGAACAAGACCUGGUCGGGGGCCCAAUUUGUGUCAGAGCGGAGCAGCGUGUUGGUGUUUUUGCCAGGUCUGGGUGAAAUAAACUAUAUGCAUGAACUUCUCACAAACAUGGUUCACAAAAGGUUACAGGUCUAUCCACUCCAUUCCAGUGUGACUUUAGAAGAACAGAACAAUGUGUUCUUAAGUCCAGUCCCUGGGUACAGAAAGGUUAUUUUGUCUACCAACAUUGCAGAGAGCUCUGUCACUGUCCCGGAUGUCAAAUAUGUUAUAGAUUUUUGUCUGACUAGAACUCUGGUUUGUGAUGAAGAUACGAAUUAUCAGAGUCUGCGAUUGAGUUGGGCCUCUAAGACCAGUUGCAACCAGAGAAAAGGCCGUGCUGGACGAGUGUCUAAGGGGUACUGUUACAGGCUGAUACAUAAGGAUUUCUGGGAGAGCUCCAUCCCUGAUCACGUUGUUCCUGAGAUGUUGCGCUGUCCACUGGGAAGCACAAUAUUGAAAGUGAAGUUGCUUGGCAUGGGUGAGCCCAGAGCUCUCCUGGCAACCGCCCUUUCUCCACCCAGCCUGAGUGACAUUGAGCGUACCAUCCUUCUACUAAAGGAGGUUGGAGCACUUGCCGUUAGUGGUCAGAGAGAAGAUGAAAACCCCCACGAUGGUGAAUUGACCUUCUUAGGAAGGGUACUAGCACAGCUCCCUGUCAAUCAGCAGCUGGGUAAACUCAUAGUGCUGGGACACGUGUUUGGAUGCCUGGAUGAGUGUCUGAUCAUAGCGGCAGCGCUCUCAUUGAAGAAUUUUUUCGCGAUGCCUUUUCGGCAGCAUCUUGAUGGAUAUAGGAACAAAGUGAACUUCUCUGGCAGCAGCAAGAGUGACUGCCUUGCACUUGUGGAGGCCUUUAAGACGUGGCAGGCUUGCAGACAGCGCGGAGAGCUGCGGCAUCCCAAGGAUGAACUUGACUGGGGACGGCUGAAUUAUAUUCAGAUCAAGAGAAUUAGAGAGGUGGCUGAAUUGUAUGAAGAACUGAAAAACAGAAUCUCCCAGUUCAAUAUGUAUGUAGAUCCUCGGCGGCCCGUCUUAGACCAAGAGUAUCCACAUAAGCAGCGCUUCAUCCUACAGGUUGUAUUGGCAGGUGCUUUUUAUCCAAAUUACUUUACUUUUGGACAACCAGAUGAGGAGAUGGCGGUGAGAGAGCUGGCUGGCAAAGACCCAAAGACGACCAUCGUGUUGAAGCACAUUCCUCCCUAUGGAUUCCUUUACUAUAAACAACUGCAGUCUCUGUUUAGACAGUGUGGUCAAGUCAAAUCCAUCGUAUUUGAUGGUGCAAAAGCCUUUGUGGAGUUCUCGAGGAAUCCGACAGAGAGAUUUAAAACCCUUCCUGCAGUAUAUAUGGCAGUUAAGAUGUCCCAGCUGAAAGUGUCGCUGGAGCUCAGUGUACAUGCUGCUGAGGAGAUCGAAGGGAAGGUGCAAGGAGGGACGGUGUCGAAGCUCAGGAACACCAGGGUGAAUGUGGACUUCCAGAAGCAGACAGUGGACCCCAUGCAAGUCUCCUUCAGCACCCUGGACAGGUCCCAGACAGUGGCAGAUCUCCUUCUGACUAUCGAUGUCACAGAGGUGGUGGAAGUGGGCCACUUCUGGGGGUACAGGACUGAUGAAAAGAGUGCAGAGCUUCUGAGAAAGCUGACUGCUGAGAUGAACCAGCUGGAGUUGGCACCCCUGCCUGCUCACCCGCACCCGGACUUGGUCUGUCUCGCACCCUUUGCAGAUUUUGAUAAGGAAAACUACUUUAGAGCUCAAAUCCUUUAUGUUUCUGGAAAUUCUGCUGAGGUGUUCUUUGUAGACUAUGGCAAUAGGUCUCAUGUAGACCUAGAUCUUCUAAUGGAGAUUCCCUGUCAGUUUCUUGAGCUUCCAUUCCAGGCUUUGGAAUUUAAGAUUUGCAAAAUGCGACCCUCCGCAAAGUCUCUUGUUUGUGGCGAGCACUGGAGCAGUGGAGCCAGUGGGCGCUUUGCCUCCCUCGUGAGUGGCCGAGCCCUCUUGGUGAAGGUCUUCUCAGUUGUGCACAGCGUCUUGCACGUGGACGUGUACCGCUACUCAGGGGCACAGGAUGUCGUCAACAUCAGAGAUGUCCUCAUCAGAGAGGGUCAUGCGGAACUUUCAGAGGAGUCCUAUGAGUCAAAGCAAAGCCAUGAAGUUCUCAAGGGUCUCUUUUCCAAAUCAGCAGAAAAUGUGGUGGAUGCGUCUGUUCCCUCUCCUGGGAAGGACGACGAGAAGCACCUGAUCCGGAUUUUGCUGGAGAGCUUUUCUUCCAACAGACUGGGUGCCCCCAACUGCAAGGCGGUGCUCCAUGGACCUUUCAACCCUUACGAACUGAAGUGUCAUAGUUUGACCAGAAUAUCCAAGUUCAGGUGUGUCUGGAUUGAGAAGGAGAGCAUCAACUCUGUGAUCAUCAGUGACGCCCCUGCAGACCUGCACCAGAGGAUGCUAGUUGCAGCCUCACUCUCAGUCAAUGCAACUGGAUCUACCAUGCUGCUGAGAGAGACCUCUCUGAUGCCUCCCAUCCCUGGCCUCCCAGCACUCCUCAGCAUGCUGUUCGCGCCUGUGAUGGAGUUAAGAGUUGAUGGGGAGGGGAAGUGCUACACAGGUGUGCUCUGUGGCCUGGGCUGGAACCCCACCACAGAGGCCCCUGUGCUGCCGGAGCACGACAUCGAGCUGGCCUUUGAUGUGCAGUUCAACGUGGAGGACGUUGUGGAGAUCAAUAUUCUCCGGGCUGCCAUCAAUAAACUAGUGUGUGAUGGGCCAAAUGGAUCCAAGUAUCUUGGGCCAGAAAGAAUCGUGCAGUUACAGGAUAAUGCUCGCCAGAAACUUCUCGGUUUGUUCUGCCAGUUGAAGCCCAGGGAGAAGAUUGUUCCCAAGUGGCACGAGAAGCCCUAUGAGUGGAAUCAGGUUGAUCCAAAGCUGGUCAUGGAGCAGGCUGACCGUGAAGGCAGCCGAGGGAAGAACACCUUUCUCUACCAGCUGCACAAGCUUGUUGUGCUCAGCCCCUGA